AUGCUUCCUCGCCAGGCCAAAAACAAGCCGUGGUCGGUCUCAAAAUUCCACUCACUCCUAACGUUCGGAGAUAGUUACACAGACGAAAGCCGUCUGGGGUAUUUCAUCCAGAACAACGGCUCAGCACCGCCAGCCGGCGUCUUACUUCCCGAAAGCAAUUCCACCGCAGGCGGAGGACGCACCUGGCCUCGUUACGUCGUUCAAUACACCGGGUCAACCAAGAACGGCGAAUGGAACCCAUCGAUGACGCUGUACAACUACGCCGUCUCCGGUGCGGUAUGCUCGAACAAGAUCACUCCAAGGUGGUUCUCUGCAAUCGACGCCCCGUUCCCAUCUGUUCUAGAAUACGAAGUCCCGGCGUUUCAAGCCGACAUGAAAGCGCAGCGCGUCAACGCCACUCCCGCCGAGGCAUUCUUUACCCCGAGCCUGUCGGCCCAGUCAGCCGUGUACGCCCUGUGGAUCGGAACCAACGACCUGGGCAUCUGGGCGUUCCUGACCGACAGCCAGGUCCGGGGCAAAGUGCUGACCGACUAUACGUCGUGCGUGUACGAGGUGUUUGACAAGCUCUACGCCGCGGGCGGACGCAUGUUCGUCCUCAUGAACACGGCCCCGCUCCACCUCGCGCCACUGUACGCCAACAGCACCCUCCACGGCGUCGGGCCGAACCAGUACUGGCCCAACAAGACGUCCAACCACACGCAGAUCGCCGAGACGAUGCACGAGUACACGUCCACGGUCAACGGCGUGUUCAAGCACCAGACCCCGUUCGAGGUUCUGGUCGCCCACCGGUACCCGGACGCCCACUUUGCCGUCUUCGACACGUACAGUCUCAUCUCGGACGUGUACGACAAUCCGACAAAGUACCUGAACGGGACCGGCGUCGAGGCCGGCACCGAGAGUGUGUGGGGAUACAUCAACCACUGCAAUGUCAAUCAGACCGUGUGUGAAAAGGUGGACAACGGAACCAAUUCGGACGGGUUCCUGUGGUACGACGAGUUACAUCCGAGGUGA